CUCACAGAAGAGACCCUACUCCCCACUCCCCCGUGAGGGGGAGCCUUUUACUUCAGGUAUGAGGUGUUUCUCUUCGGACUAAGGGCCCUAGGCCGGAAGAGGAUGGCGACUGCUGCUCUGAAGAGAUUUUGGUCCCGUGGCCGAGGAGAAGGGGGCGUUGAGGCUGGAAAUGCUGCCGUGGCGGUGAAGCCAAGCGUGUGGGCGCGGCUGGGCGACUGGGCCCGCGCGCUGCUCCGGGACUACGCAGAGGCUUGCCGGGACGCGGUGGCUGCGGCGCGGGCUCGGCCGGGGCGCGCAGCAGUGUACAUGGGACUGCUGGGCGGCGCCGCAGCCUGCUGCGCUCUGGCGCCGAGCGAGGAGGCCUUCGAGGAGGCGCUGCUCGAUGCGUCUGGGACUCUCCUGCUGCUAGCGCCAGCCACUCGCAACCGCGAUUCCGAAAGCUUCCUGCAGCGGCUCCUUUGGCUGCGGGGCCGCGGUCGUCUGCGCCAUGUGAAUCUGGGGUUCUGUUCUCUCGUGUACGAGGCGCCCUUCGACUCCCAGGCCAGCCUCUACCAGGCCCGCUGCCGCUAUCUGCAGCCCCGCUGGGUGGACUUCCCCGGCCGAAUCCUGGAUGUGGGCUUCGUGGGCCACUGGUGGAUACUGAGCACCCGGAUGCGCGACUGCGACAUCAACGAUGACGAGUUCCUGCACCUGCCAGCACAUUUGCGCGUGGUCGGACCCCACCAGCUGCACUCCGAGGCCAAUGAGCGGCUCUUCGAUGAGAAGUACAAGCCUGUUGUGCUCACCGACGAUCAGGUGGACCAGGCGCUUUGGGAGGAGCAGGUGUUGCAAAAGGAGAAAAAGGACAGGCUUGUCCUGAGCCAGGCCGACUCGCUAGUGCAGUCGCAGGUCGCAAGAUGAAACCCAGUAAGAGCGUGAGGCCAGACUGGGGUCUGAGCCCUGGCAGACUGUGGAAUGAUGAGAGUGAGACGUAAAUUAUAUGCACUGUUCUCUAACUGCUGUUGUUGAAAACAAGUUUGGAGAGCCAUACUCCCUAUCUCUUUGUUCCUUAUUAGUGAAGCUAGUUCAGUCUUUUUGGUCUAGGAAUUGGGUAGAGCAGAGUUGACUAAUGUUUUUCACUGCCAGAGCUAGUAAUGAGCCUUUUACAUAAGUCUUUUUAGGCUGGGAAUGUAGUAGCUCAUGUGGUAAAGCACUUGCCCCUGGCAUCCCUAAAGCCCUAGGUUUGAUCCCCACUGCCACAAAAACAAAAGAAAAAUACUUCAUCCUUUUUCACUGUGUGACACAAGUCCCUUGACAGUGGUACUACAUUGGUCUGGUGACUCCCAAACUCUCUUCCAAGAGCAUGCAUAUUUUGCUUUAUUUCUUUGUGUGUUUUCCUCCUCUUGUUCUUUUUCUUUGGGGGCAGGGUACUGGGGACUGAA